AAAGAACAACUGGGGCAGUUAUUUCCAACCUCCCAGUCUGGGCUAAUUCUCCUAGGCUCUACCACAGUACCCUCUACUGUCCCUAUCCAGUCUGCUAGGUAAUGCUCUGAUGAUCUCUUUCAAUACUCCCAUCUCUAACCCAGAUGAUAAGCCCUCUGAGGGAAAAGACUAUGCCUGUCUUCUUUACUGCUGUAUCCCCAUGCCCAGCACAUUGCCUGCAUGUAGCAGACACUCAAUAAAUAUUGAAUGGAUGACUGUAGGAACAAAAAUCACAGGAAGGUCAGUCUCAGCUCAGAGAGGAAGGGCUGUGACCCUCUGGCUAUUAAGCAACUUGGCCGAGGCCACUCAGCCAAAAACUAUUUCCAUAUACUGGCCUGUCUAGACCGGGCCCUCCCUUGUGGCCUGUUCCUCCUCAGCCCAGGGUCAUUCAAGUGAAAUGAGGCAGGCAAGAAAGGCAAUCAUCAGAGCAGAAGCCAAGAAGAUUGAGAGUAGGAGAGGGAAACGGGAAAGCACUACUGAACAGCAUCCCAAAGAUCUUUUCUUGCUGUUACUGAUGUCUCCGUCAUUGAUGGUAGAGCUCCAAAAUCUGACUCCAUCCCUACAAAAGAGGAGCUAGUGCCCUUAAUCUUAGAAAUAAACCCCAACUUCACCCCAUUAGUGAUAGGCCUUAGCUCCCCCUUAAGAGUGAAUCCGCCUCCGUUAAAGAAAUGCUCUAACUCCGCCCCUUCCGGGUAAUAGGCAAGCCCCACCCCUGGUGCGUGACGGAGUCCCCGUGGCGUAACGGUAACGGUCUGUUUCCGGGGUGGAGCCAGGGAGGGCGGGAGUUUAGGCUGCGCCAACCCCUCAGCCCCCCUCCAGGUGACCCCAGUCCCCGAAAAUCCUAAGCCGGGCCCCAAAUAUCCCAGCCUCAUGGCCGCAAUGCCUUUCGCCCUGACCCCCUAAAAGCCCCAGGCUCCCGAGGUGACCAACCUCCUAAUUCCUUAACGUUUAGUACCUCCAAAAUCUUUGAUCCCACCCUUCCCCUGUAUGGCAAUUGAGGCUUCCCGGGGGCAUCUGCCUCUGAUUACCUGAUAACAAAUCAGACUGGUCCUGAGAAUGACAGAGGAGGGGUCUGGGGUUGGGGAACCCUUGAUCUGAUUGUGCCGCUUCCCAGGAGACGUUCGGAGCCCGGGACAUGUCGGGAUUGAGGAGAUACGAGGUGGCGCUGGAGGCGGAGGAGGAGAUCUACUGGGGCUGCUUCUACUUUUUCCCGUGGCUGCGCAUGUGGCGGAGGGAGCGGAGCUCGGCGCACCCCCGGGAGCAGAAGCUGGAGCCUCUGCGGGGCCUGAUGAGUUGUCUGUCAAGCGGCCUGGCCCCUGUUCCCCAGCGCUGGGGUCGCGGCCUCCCCCGCCGCACCCCCGCCGCCACUGCCCAGCCAGCCAGUGCAUUAAAGAUUUAAACCGAAGCCACCGUGCUUCCCUCCUGACUCUGCCGCCGCUGCUGCUGUUCGGGCUGGGUGCCCCUCUCCAUGCUGGCUGUGACCUUAACUGGCAGGGCCACCCUCCCAAAUAGGGUGCCUUCCAUGUCCAGGUCCCUGUUAUACCUAAGGGCCCCUCAUCAGUAUCAGGCCUCCUGUUUACUAUCUGUGACUGCUCUUCACUCCGUGCCCCUCCCUUACACACACACACACCCAUCACUGUGAUAGCCUAUAUGGAGGAAAUAAAUAGUCCUGCUUUUGUCUUCCUCCCAA